CAUGCCUUAUAUCAAAGUCUAGGCAUAACUGAAAGCCAACACAUUCCGAGUAUUGAGUAACCAAAACACAAAUUAUUAGCUACUAAUUAAAUCCCACAACUCAUCAAAACAUGGCCACUAUUACAACCAAACUUCUCAACCUCAUUAAAAUUUCAAUUUUUCUCAUCUCCAUCUUCACUCCCAAAGCCCAUGCACAAUCCAACGAAUGCAACUCACAGUCCAACAACAGCUGCAACGACAAAUCUGCAGCGCUACCGCUGAAGAUCAUCGCCAUUGUCUCGAUCCUCGUGACGAGUAUGAUCGGCGUCACCCUACCUCUCUUCACCAAAAAGAUUCCUGCCCUUCAUCCGGACAGGAAUCUCUUUGUGAUCGUCAAGGCCUUCGCAGCCGGGAUCAUCCUCGCCACAGGAUUCAUGCACGUUUUGCCAGACUCCUUCGACAUGUUGUGGUCGGAUUGUCUUAAAGAAAAUCCCUGGCACAAAUUCCCCUUCACCGGUUUCGUGGCCAUGUUAUCCGCAAUUGUUACUUUGAUGGUAGAUUCCAUGGCCACUGCAAUUUAUAGCAGCAACCAGAAGAAAAGCAGUAGUACUGCUAUUGCACCUCAUCAUCAAGGUGAAGAUGAUGAGGAGGCUGUUGUUGAGAGAGGAGAACAAGAGAUGGCGGCCGCUCCACCGAGGCCGGCCGGCCAUUUUCAUGGACACCAUCAUGGUAUGGGCAAGGAUCGAGAGAGUUUCGACACUCAACUUCUUCGUUAUCGAGUUGUUGCAAUGGUAUUAGAACUUGGAAUUGUUGUUCAUUCAGUAGUCAUCGGCUUAUCACUUGGAGCUUCAAACAACACAUGCUCAAUCAAAGGUCUAAUUGCUGCCCUUUGCUUUCAUCAAAUGUUUGAAGGAAUGGGUCUUGGUGGUUGCAUUUUACAGGCUGAAUACAAGUUCCUAAAGAAGGCACUUAUGGUGUUCUUCUUCUCAGUGACAACUCCAUUUGGCAUUGCCCUAGGAAUAGGAAUGUCUAGUAUAUACAAAGAAAAUAGCCCAAGUGCAUUGAUAGCCGUUGGAUUACUCAAUGCUUCAUCAGCUGGGCUUUUGAUAUACAUGGCUUUGGUAGAUCUUCUCUCAGCAGAUUUCAUGGGCCCAAAACUUCAAGGCAGCAUUAAUCUUCAGAUUAAAUCAUACAUUGCGGUCCUUUUGGGUGCUGGUGGCAUGUCCCUCAUGGCCAAAUGGGCAUGAUCAAUCCAUCCAUGUACAUGCCGAUGUAUACACACACAUAUUAGUCAUAAUUGAUGAAAUUUAAUGUAUACAAAGUUUAAAAUUCAAUGCAAUAAAACGUUGUGGCUAUGUUUUUCUCC